AUCCUCAUCAUAGUCCUUCAUACCCCUGCAUCUGCCUUGUUUCCCGGACAGCACCAUCCUCAUCAUGACAGCAUCAACCUCAUCAUGGUGGUUCAUACCCAGGGGCGAACUUACAACUCAUGGGGCCCCCGGGCAAUAGGGGAUCAUGGGGCCCUUGUGUCCUUGCCCAAACUCAAAAAAGCCUAUGAAAAAGGUACCAGGGGCAUCUCAUGGGGCCCCUACUGACCCCAGGCCCUCGGGCAGUGCCCAAGUUUCCAAAUGGUCAGUCCACCCCUGUU